AUGGAAGAAACGCCAACGUCUAACCCUAAAGAUCCUACACUCCGCGAUGGCCCCGGUAAUCAAAAUACCCCCAAUCUCAAGAACUACGCCGCUCGGAACUGGCCUCUACACCUUGAAGUGGUCCCUCGCCUAUCAUGGCCACUCGAGACUGCUCAAACCGCGAAUCGUGCCCUCGCUGUUCGCAGCCCGAGCCUAUGCAGCAUGAUAGACUCGCUCAAUAUCCGUCCAUUCCUCUGUACCGAUGCAUGGACGAAUCCCCUGAUCUACACUGCUUACUUGGGCGCAACCCAGCUCACUGACAUGUUAAUCUCGGAGGGCCUCGACAUGCACGAGUACAUUACUCAAUGGGACCUGGAUGAAGCCUUGUUAAACGCAAGCUCAGCGGGAAAACUAGAAACCAUCCACCUCCUCCUUGCUAAAGGCGCCGGUGUCGACCCAGAAAACGCGACGUAUCGCAAUCCUUUAAGAGAAGCUGCAGAAGGCGGCCACAUAGAAAUUGUUCGAUUCCUCCUUGAGAGUGAAGCAACAUCUGCAGCGCUGAACGAUGGCGCUGUGUGCAAAUCGGCCAUGAAUGCUGCAGCCGGGGGAGAUCAUUUCGACAUCAUAGAGAUGCUUGUCCGUAACGGAACCGAGGUUGACGAAUCUACUCUCGAAGCAGUUGCGGGAUCAUCUAGAGACGAGGCGGUAUUAUUAGAAUGCUUACAGUUUCUACUCGACAACAGCAACGGCAUUACAAAGGAAGGGGCACUCUGUGCAGCAGCAUUCAAAGGAAAUUGGAAGGCAUUCGAGCUGCUGCUAA